AUGCGUUCUACCCAAAUAUUGACCAUCCUUUCCGCUGCCAGCGUUCCCCUCAUUCCGGUAGCUAGUGCUGCCCUAGGCUUUAACUGCCUGGAAGCUCUCCACAGCCUGGACCCGCCUCGCUUCGCCAGAGUCAUACAGGAGAACUCGUGCAAAGCUGGCUGUCAGCCCCGAUCGCUCGACUGGGCCAGCCAUGGGAAAGAGUUGAUGCGUGGCUUGAUUGAAGAUGGUACUGUACACACCAAGAUCAACGAAGGACAGGAAGCCCUUGCCGACUUUAUGGAUAGGGUGUUCGAGAGCUUGCGUGAAAAAUGUGAAGACAAGCUCAACGGUGGCCACAUGUGUCAGGACGAGGUGCAACUUCGGGCAAUGAUGUCCUGUGUCGAACAAAACAGCCGAUGGGCUGAGCUCAGCGCCCUGUCGGCUAUUCUCCCCUUUAUUAGCGAGGAACGAUGCGAACUUGUCAGCCAGUAUCUGAAUAGUGUUCAGCUCUGGGAGAAGGAUAUCCCAACACGGAUGCAGUCCUAUGUAAACCUCUGCCAUGACGAUCUCUAA